AUGAUGAUGAUGAUGAUGAUGAUGAUGAUGAUGAUGAUGAUGAUGAUGAUGAUGAUGAUGAUGAUGAUGAUGAUGAUGAGUGA